AUGGCUAACGCGCUCUUUGCCGGUUCAUCACCUCUUGAAGAAAGUUCUAUUAUACCCACACGUAAAACAUCUCGUGCUAAUUCAACCUUAGCAAGUCGACACUUAUCAACUUCUCAUGUAUCACCCGUUGUUCAUGCACCAUUUAUGACUGAAGCCUUAGCUGAAGCUCGUGCUGGUCUUAAUGAAGGUGGUAUACCAAUUGGAUGUGUUCUCGUUCGAAAUGGUCAAAUAAUUGCUCGUGGACAUAAUCGUCGUAUUCAACGUAGUUCAGUUAUUUUACAUGCUGAAAUGGAUUGUCUUGAAUCAGCUGGACGACAAACAGCAGCAUUUUAUAAAGAAUGCACAAUCUAUACAACACUUUCUCCAUGUGCAAUGUGUUCAGGUGCUAUUCGUCUUUAUGGUAUUCCACGAGUUGUUAUUGGUGAAAAUAAAACAUUUGUUGGUGAUGAAACUCUCCUUCAAGCAAAUCAUGUACAUAUUGAUGUACUCGAUUCGAAAGAAUGUUACGAUCUUCUUCAAGAUUAUAUUAAUAAGAAUCAUUCUACUUGGUAUGAAGAUAUUGGUCGUGAAUAA